AUGAAUUUUGAAAACAGAUGGGUCUUGAGAUCCGCUCUGAACUUCGCAAGUGAUGGAGAAGUAGUUAGAGAAGUAGGUAGAGAGUUCCAGAGAAAAGGACCAGAAAAAGCAAAAGCAGAUUUGGCAAAAGAGUGUUUAACACGAGUUAAGAAAAAGCGAGAAGAAGAAGACGAUCGUAAACCGGGGCGUUUAGAUUUUAUGUUUGCCAUUGACAUUAUUGAAAAGUUAAAUGAAUUGAACAAUAAACUUCAAGGCAAUGGUUUGUUUGCACAUGACAUGUAUUACCAUGUUAAAUCAUUUCAAUCAAAACUUGCCCUGUUUUCUAGACAAGCAGAUGAAAACAAGUUCUGUCAUUUUCCAUUGCUAAAACAGGAACUAAUUUCUGCUGAAGUAGCACAGAAAUACAAAGAACAAAUACAUGAUUUAGCUAGGGAAUUUGAAAGAAGAUUUGAAGAUUUUAAAAACCUGGAGCCUUUGUUUACAAUUCUCACAACACCAUUUUGUAUAAAAGCUGAUGAAAUACCUGAAGACUUGCAGUUGGAACUGCUGGACAUGCAAGCAAAUUGUGAACUGAAAGAAAAGUUUAAAUCAGGUCUUUUGUUAGAAUUUUAUGGCUCUCUGUCUGAUGUAGCAUUUCCAAAUUUUAAAAGAUUUGCUGCAAAAAUGUUUUCAAUAUUUGGAUCCACAUAUAUAUGCGAACAAGCAUUCUCUUGUAUGAAAAUAAAUAAAUCCAAAAAUAGGUCCAUGAUAAAUGACUGCACCUAA